GGGGAGAACGUGAAGAAUUGUCGACGUGAUUCCCAGGAAAUCAGAUGAUGCAGUAUUUAUGAAUGUGACGCAACGAGAAAACGCGUAGUUGACGUUUUGACGGAUCAGUUGGAGAAUUUUUCUGAGCAAAUCAUGCCGUUUCUGAGGUCCAUCCUCGAGAGUUUGUUUGGGGGAGGUGAUAAUCAUCGUACAAACCCAGGGGACGAUGAUCGACGAAUGUUUGGAGACAGAUUCAGAAAUCCAAUCUGGCAGAAUGAUGAGGAGGAUGAUGAUGAAUAUGGGGAGGACUACAGAAAUCCUGGACAUUCUCGGCCGGCGUUUCACUUCGAGAUCUUCACGAACCCCUUCGAGAUGACUAGGUACUUCGAGUCGCAGAUGGAUGACAUGAUGAAGGACUUCUUCAGCUUUGGCUUCAGUGAGGACAAGCAAAUACCGUUCGAAGGAUUUUCUCAAAUUAUGCCACCGAAUCAUGGGAAGGGAGAUUUAAGGGAGGAGGUUUUGAAGCCUGGGUAUGCUCUACCACCCCCUCGGCAUGGGGUGGAUAGUCCCAAGUGCGAUGAGGAUCUUGAUGGAAAAGUUGAUCCCAAAGAUUUCUCCAGAGUUUGGAACAAUGGAGUCACUGAACCUGAAGAGCAAUUGAGUACUGCCAGCACCUCCCUUCAACCCUUCAAAUUCAGGUCUUUCGGACAAUCAAUUGUUUCCCAGACAAUCAGACGUCCCGAUGGAUCAAUCGAAGAGAAGAGAACAACGAAGGACAACGAAGGAAACACCGAGACGAUAAUCAAACACAGGAUGGGGGAUAAAACCCACACGGUCGUGAUAAAAAAGGAUAAGAAUGGAGUUGAGACACAAACUGAGAAUUUCGAGAAUAUGGAUCCAAAUGAACUGAACAAUUUCGAUAAAAAUUGGAAACCAAUCGAGGAUCCAUUAAUUGAGUCUGGGGCCUUAACUAAAUUCCCAUGGAACAAAUUCUUCGAUUUCAGUCCAAAAUUAUAGACAUCGAAAUAUCAAGGAAUCUAAUAAAUAGAUGAAAUAGCAAAAUAGUAAAUUAUGUGAUUUAAAUUAGACUAACAGAGCCUGAAGGAUUGUUUUUUAGUUUAUGAAUUGAACUGUUCAAAAAUUGAGAAUAAAAAUUCAUAACUAAAAGUUGAACAAUUUCCUGGUGUUUUCAACCAUAAAUUAAUUUUAUUAAUUGUAUAUACUCUGUACAAACAUAUAUACAGUUCUAAUAAACCUUAGAUACUAUCGUAAAACCAG